GUGCCCGACCCCGCUGCCCGAGCAGCCAGAGCCAGAGCGCGGACCAGCCGGGCCAGUGGGCACAGCCGGGGCCAGGGUCGGGGGGCACAGUCCAUGCGGCAGUGGGCAGCGCUUGCCAGGCUCCGGGAAGCACGAGGAGGUGAGGCGAGGCGAGGCACGGCAAGGCAGGGGAAGGCAAGUCAAGGCGAGCCGCUCCGGCUGCUCCCGGACACUGACCGCCAGGAUUUGAAAAUCAUUUUUGGCAUAGAAAAAUUGUGACUGCUAAGAGGGCUCCUUGAUCUUUAUCAGACACCAAUUCCUGGACAUCAUGAUCUCUCAUUUCAUCAUUUUUCUGAGAAUCCUUGGCUCCCUUUUGCUGUUUGGAUUCCAGCUUGUCCUCCCUCAGCCCUCCAUUGAGCACAGAAAGGUUCCUCAGAGGAUAGAAGAGUCCACAAAUGCUUCAGAAGAUAGUAGUGAGGGCAUCCCAGGAGUGUGGGGUGCUUGGGGUCCUUGGUCAGCAUGUUCAAGGACAUGCAGUGGGGGUGUCAUGGAGCAGACACGACCUUGUCUUCCUAGCACUUACCGCAUGAGAGGUUACCCUAGGCCUGGGGCUCCAUUCCCAGCUUCAGAAAGGGCUCUCUCCUACCACUGGGCACACCUCCGUGAAGAUGCAGGAAGUCCAUACUCCACCCAUGUCAUCUCUGCCAUCCGCAACUCUGUGCCCCUCCAUCGAAACCAGGAUCAUAGAGCAGGACUGCAGUCCACGGCCACUUUUGGGGACCGAAACGAUAGCCAUCUAAACCAAGGGAUCUUGAGGGGCAGCCGCCAUUCUCAUUCUCGAGGGAGAGAACCAAAAUCAGAAAGAAGGAGUAGGAACAGAAGUCCUAUUGCCCCUGGAAAAUAUGGCUAUGGGAAAGCCCCAUACAUAUUACCGUUGCAGACGGACACUGGACAACCCCCUCAGAGGCUUCGGAGACAAAGGCAAUCAACUCAGCAUCAAAGAUAUCAUGGAGAGGCAGACUCUGCUCCCCAUUACAGCCAUCCAGCUACCCCUGCUGUGCAGCGCAGGCAUCUCUACCAAGGCAACCAUGGCUCUCAGCCCAGACUCCAGCCCUUAGAGUCUUCAAUUUACCAGCCAUCUUUAUCCCGAGUCCAGGGUUUUCCUGCAACUCCAAGUCUAUUCCAUGGCAUGGAAGUGAGUAGCAGCCCUGGUGGAGGGUCCCACCGUCCAUCUCUCCGUCCACCCCAUGGCUUUUCUCAGCCCCACCGAUCUACAGAGAUCAUGUGCAUUGGAGCUUACCGACAAUACAAGCUUUGUAAUACUAAUCAAUGCCCAGAGAACAGUAGAAACAUCCGGGAGGUACAGUGCGCAUCCUAUAACAACAAGCCUUUCAUGGGUCGGUUUUAUGAAUGGGAACCGUUUGCAGAAGUACGAGGAAAUCAGAAGUGUGAGCUGAACUGCCAAGCAAUGGGCUAUCGCUUCUAUGUGAGGCAAGCUGAGAAGGUCAUCGAUGGCACUCCUUGUGACCAGAAUGGUACAUCCAUCUGUGUAUCAGGGCAAUGCAAGGUUGCUACAAGUUGCAUCUCUAACCUCUCAUACCAAGUGGAUUCUCUUUGUGCUGUGAGACAUUGUAGAGAGAGGGGGAAGGAGGAAGUGCCUACAUCUGUGCCUCUCAUUUAUUUCAAGACUUUGGCUUAG